AUAUGAAACUAUAUGCAUCUAUAGUCUUGCAAAAUGCAUAUAUUGGGGAUAUUUUCUCACAAAGGCAAAGUUAGAUGCGUCAAAAUAAUAGAAAAUACUAUGUCGUAAAAUAGGGGCGUAUCGCGUUGGUGGCACUUUUUCCAAAAUGGCGGCGAUUUCAAGAGAGAAGCUUCCACUGUACUUAAAUGAGAGACAUGGGGACAGACAACCCAGCAGUCUUCAGUGGACCGUUAUGUUGAUAUCUGGUGUCUUGAUCUACGGGUCUCACUCUGUACUACUGAACCUGUGUAAGGUGGACGGCAAGAUUCCUUUUAACUCAGCAUCAGUCGUUCUCAUGAUAGAGCUGACAAAGCUGUUGUUUUCAUUAACAAUGCGGCGCCUGGAGCUGGGUAUCAGAGUUGGUAGCGGCAGGCUGGGGUUACCCAAGGUGAAGUACUGGGUCCCCUUCAGUGUCCCCGCCCUGCUGUACUGUAUCAACAAUAACAUUGUGGUGCACAUACAACUGUAUAUGGACCCUGCCAGCUUUCAGGUAUUGAGUAACUUGAAGAUAGCAGCAACAGCUGUAUUAUACAGAAUGGUCAUGCAAAGACCACUUAAUUUGCAAACGUGCUCCCUACCAGAAGCUCUUGAUGUAGUUCCCCCAUGUUCCAACAGGAGGCUCUCCUGGAUACAGUGGUCAGCUCUAGCACUGCUCACCAUAGCAGGGAUCAGUAACAGCUAUGGGGGCCUGAUGAAUGCUGGCACUGUUGAUGAAUAUGACACAUCAAGUAAAGUCCAUGUCACCAUGUGGGGUCUUGUGCUUGUCCUUACCUACUGUGCAAUAUCUGGUACAUCAGGUGUUUAUACAGAGUUUAUUUUGAAGAGACAACCACAGCUGUCUCUGCAUGUUCAGAACAUCUUGCUGUACAUCUUUGGAGCUGUCCUCAACUUGUUCGUCUUCCUGGGUAGUAGUUGGUCAAGCACUGAUGGAACAGCAGAUUUCUUUGCCGGGUAUACUGUGAUAACAUGGGUGAUCAUCCUGACACAGGCAGGAAAUGGCUUAAUCAUCUCAGCAGUGAUGAAACAUGCCAGUAACAUCACCAGACUCUUCAUCAUCUCCUGUGCCAUGCUGGUCACCACUGUAGCCUCCAUGGUGCUGUUUUCUCUGGAGCUCAACCUCUACUUCUGCUUCUCCUUUGUGUUAGUUAUAGUAGCCAUGGUACUGUACCAUAGGAAAUGAGCAUGACGUAAAUACAUGUGCUUGGAUAUACAAUGCUGGGGCAACCCCAAAAGUAAGGGUGUAGAAGUACAUGUAGACACAUUUGGUAUUUUCUUUGGUGCUGAAUUUUUUUAUUCAUUUGUUUAUUGUAUGGCAGGAAACUACAGAUGUACAUACGUUUAAAACAAAACUGGGGAACAUUUACAUAUUGCUUGCAGGUACAUGAACAUUUUAGAAUGUGUGGAUGAAUGUACAAAUGUUAGAACAUGUAAACCAUUUAUUGUAACUCUUAUUGAAACUUAAGCAACUCUUACAGGUACAAGUCAUGCUGUAAUAUUUCAUCAUUGCAAAUAUUUGAUAACCAAUAUUUGAGAGAGUCAUGUUUGUUCCUACAUUUAAAAUCAAAUGACAUGCCCUACUCUCUUCAUUAAGGACUGCAAUAUUAAUUGGAUUUACAGUAUUAAGUCACAUCAAGUGUUAUAACAAGUGCAAUAAUGCAGUAUCUGUCUGUAAUAUGACAAUCAAAUGUCCAAAAAAAAUGGAAGUUAGGACAUGAAAUAUUUAUUCAGUCAAACAGGAAUAACUGUGUACAUGUAUUAAUAUUAAAUCUAAUACAUUCUG